UAAACAGGCGAGCGAGCGCCGUGAGUUACAGUCGAGACUCCGAGAAAACACGAGAAACACACGCCCUUGAGAUUAUUAGUGCUUAUUACUACAGUUCUCAGUUAUUUUUACAGAAAUUAGUGGAGAUUUGACACAAGAUCAACGUCAAAAUGCGAUUGGUCUGCCUGUUCCUGCUGGUGGCCGGCAGCGUGUUUGCCGAAGAGGACGACAAGAAGGAAAGUAUUGGGACCGUGAUUGGAAUAGACCUCGGGACGACCUACUCGUGUGUUGGAGUGUUCAAGAACGGCCGUGUCGAGAUCAUCGCUAAUGACCAGGGAAACCGCAUCACUCCGUCAUACGUGGCCUUCACCACCGAAGGUGAGCGUCUCAUUGGAGACGCUGCGAAGAACCAGCUGACCUCUAACCCCGAGAACACCGUCUUUGACGCCAAGAGGUUGAUUGGCCGCACAUGGGGCGACUCGUCCGUGCAGCAGGACAUUAAAUACUUUCCCUUUAAGGUUAUUGAGAAGAAGAGCAAGCCUCACAUCCAGCUGGACAUCGGAUCAGGUCAGAUGAAGACUUUCGCCCCUGAGGAAAUCUCUGCUAUGGUUCUGACUAAAAUGAAGGAGACCGCAGAGGCUUACCUGGGAAAGAAGGUCACGCAUGCUGUGGUCACUGUGCCCGCUUAUUUCAAUGACGCCCAGCGCCAGGCCACCAAAGAUGCAGGAACCAUCGCCGGCCUGAUCGUCAUGAGGAUCAUCAAUGAGCCAACCGCCGCUGCCAUCGCUUACGGUCUGGACAAGAGGGACGGUGAGAAGAACAUCCUGGUGUUUGAUCUCGGCGGCGGCACCUUCGACGUUUCCCUGCUGACCAUCGAUAACGGUGUCUUCGAGGUGGUGGCCACUAAUGGAGACACUCACCUCGGCGGCGAAGACUUCGAUCAGCGCGUCAUGGAGCACUUCAUCAAGCUCUACAAGAACGGUCUGGACAAGAGGGACGGUGAGAAGAACAUCCUGGUGUUUGAUCUCGGCGGCGGCACCUUCGACGUUUCCCUGCUGACCAUCGAUAACGGUGUCUUCGAGGUGGUGGCCACUAAUGGAGACACUCACCUCGGCGGCGAAGACUUCGAUCAGCGCGUCAUGGAGCACUUCAUCAAGCUAUACAAGAAGAAGACCGGCAAGGACGUGCGCAAGGACAACCGCGCUGUGCAGAAGCUGCGUCGUGAGGUGGAGAAGGCCAAGAGAGCGCUGUCUGCCCAGCAUCAGGCCCGCAUCGAGAUCGAGUCCUUCUUCGAGGGUGAAGACUUCUCCGAGACGCUGACCCGCGCCAAGUUUGAGGAGCUCAACAUGGACUUGUUCCGCUCCACCAUGAAACCAGUGCAGAAGGUUCUGGAAGACUCUGACCUGAAGAAGACUGACAUUGACGAGAUCGUCCUGGUCGGUGGCUCCACUCGUAUUCCCAAGAUCCAGCAGCUGGUGAAGGAGCUCUUCAACGGCAAGGAGCCGUCCAGAGGAAUCAACCCCGACGAGGCCGUGGCUUACGGAGCCGCUGUUCAGGCCGGAGUCCUGUCCGGAGAAGAGGACACUGGUGACCUGGUGCUUCUGGACGUUUGCCCUUUGACCCUGGGCAUUGAGACGGUUGGAGGCGUGAUGACCAAACUCAUUCCCAGGAACACCGUCGUGCCCACCAAGAAAUCCCAGAUCUUCUCCACCGCUUCUGACAACCAGCCAACCGUCACCAUCAAAGUUUAUGAAGGUGAGCGUCCGCUGACUAAAGAUAACCACCUCCUGGGCACCUUUGACCUGACCGGCAUCCCUCCGGCUCCCCGCGGCGUCCCUCAGAUCGAGGUCACCUUCGAGAUCGACGUCAACGGCAUCCUGCGUGUCACCGCCGAGGACAAGGGCACAGGCAACAAGAACAAGAUCACCAUCACCAACGACCAGAACCGGCUGACCCCCGAGGACAUCGAGCGCAUGGUGAACGAGGCCGAGCGCUUCGCCGACGAGGACAAGAAGCUGAAGGAGCGCAUCGACGCCCGCAACGAGCUGGAGAGCUACGCCUACUCCCUGAAGAACCAGAUCGGGGACAAAGAGAAGCUCGGUGGCAAGCUGUCGUCCGACGACAAGGAGGCCAUCGAGAAGGCCGUCGAGGAGAAGAUCGAGUGGCUGGAGUCUCACCAGGACGCAGAUCUCGAGGACUUCCAGGCCAAGAAGAAGGAGCUGGAGGAAAUCGUGCAGCCCAUCGUAAGCAAGCUUUACGGUAGCGCGGGCGGCCCGCCACCGGAGGAGGGCGAAGAUCAGGGCGACAAGGACGAGUUGUAGAUCAUCUGGACUCUGUUUUCAGUCACGUUAACGCCUUCGCCUCGCUACGUGUACAUAUUAAACACAACAGACAUUUUUGUACGAGACGGGCGAACGUAAAGCCUCCAAUCUCUUUGGGGAAAGACUUGUGGGAAGCCUUAGAGAGUUGCUUUUGU